CCCGGAAGUGGCUGUGGUGUCUUUCCAGAAGCAAUGCAUUUUUUUUUUUUUCCUUUCUAUGUCAACCUCCUGUAGUUCCCUGAUUUUAGCUUUAAAGCUGCGCAGUGCGUGCUUUUUACCCUGUCUGUGACCCCCUGAGCCUUUUGCAGAUGUAAGGUUUUCCCAAUGUGAGCACCUGUUGGGCUCCUUCCUAAGUGUCUCGUUUUGUGUCACGUGGAAUUUUCAGUCGUGAGGGGCUCAUCGGAACUGUGCCAAGCUGCUGUGUGGUGGAGACUUGGAUUCAAAAGGCUGCGUCCAGUGUGAUGACCCACCAGCCCCUCCCGCCAGCCAAUGCUGGCCUUGGCUGACACCCUCCCUGUUUGCACACUCUACAUCCGGGGCUUAGGCGUUCUAGGCCGUGGGGAGAGGGAAAGAACUCUGUGGUAGCUACUGGAAAGGAACGGCCCAUUGCCGAGGGGAUUAUUUGGCUAGUAUAAAACCAUUGGGUAGCCAGAAAUGGAAAGGAAAAUAAGCAGAAUCUAUCUUGCUUCUGAACCCAAUGUACCUUAUUUUCUGCAAGUGUCUUGGGAGAGAACAAUAGGAUCCGGCUUUGUUAUUACACUUACUGAUGGCCAUUCAGCCUGGUCUGCAACAGUUUCUGAAUUGGAGAUUUCCCAAGAAGCUGAUGACAUGGCUAUGGAGAAAGGAAAAUACAUUGAUGAGCUGAGAAAGGCACUGGUGCCAGGGUCAGGAGCAGCUGGUACAUACAAGUUCAUCUUUUCUAAGGAGUCUCGGCAUUUCUCCCUUGAGAAAGAACUGAAAGAUGUUUCAUUCAGACUUGGUUCCUUCAACCUAGACAAAGUUUCAAACUCAGCUGAAGUCAUAAGAGAACUCAUUUGUUACUGCCUGGACACCAUUACAGAAAAGCAAGCCAAAAAUGAGCACCUGCAGAAAGAAAAUGAAAGGCUCCUGAGAGACUGGAAUGAUGUUCAAGGCCGAUUUGAGAAAUGUGUGAGUGCCAAAGAAGCCUUGGAGGCUGAUUUGUAUCAAAGAUUUAUCUUGGUGCUGAAUGAGAAGAAAACAAAGAUACGAAGCUUGCAUAAAUUGUUAAAUGAAGUCCAGCAGCUGGAGGAGAGUACCAAGCCUGAAAGGGAAAAUCCAUGCUCUGACAAAACACCUAAUGAGGUUGGGCUUUAUGAAGGAAGCACUGAUGAAGAAAGUGGAGCCCCUGUGCAGGCUGCAGAAACUCUUCAUAAGGAUGAUUCCAUAUUUUCAAGUCCGGAUGUCACUGACAUUGCACCAAGUAGGAAGAGGAGACACCAAAUGCAGAAGAAUCUUGGGACAGAACCUAAAAUGGCUCCACAGGAGUUGCCGCUACAGGAGAAGGAAAGGGUUGCCUCUUCACUGCCUCAGACCUUGAAAGAGGAGAGCGCCUCUGCUGAAAACAUGUCUUUAGAAACCCUGAGAAACAGCAGCCCAGAAGAUCUCUUUGAUUAGAUAUAAACCCUAGAAAACAGCACUGGUGUUCAAUGAACUAUAUUCUUUAUCCAGUCCCUUUGGAUGAGAAGACAGGCUUUCAACUUAGCAGCCAUGGUUACUAUGUCUUGCAACUUCACUAUAUGUACCCAAUGAAUUAUACUAGUAUGUGACAGUCAGAUGGGAUGUCAGAGGGACACUUUUCUCCAUUUCUUAAUUAAAUCUAGGUUUUGUUGCAAAAGGCACAUAUAUCAUAUUUGUUUAUACAUUUUUGUAACUUUCUAAUGACUCUUGGAAGAUUUUGGAAAUAGGACAAAAAAUCUUUAACUCUUUUUUAGUUGCACUUUAAAUUAUCUUUGUUGAAGCAUUUUAAUUUAUGAUGUGACACAUAUAAAAUACAUCUUUAUCUUGUGUGUAAAGAGUCUGAAAUCUGAUAGUU